AUGGAUUAUAAUAAAUUACUUUUUUACACUGAAAAAUAUAACAAAGACAAUAAAAAUGUUAAAAUUUUUGAGAAUUUUGUUCCAGUGAUAAAAGAAAAACCUAUUACAGGUAAAUUUUAUUCAAAAUAUGACUCCUCUGAAGUUGAUAGUUCAAAAGUUAAAGAAGAAUAUAUUAAAUUUAUUGAAAGACGUACGGAGAUGCUACCAAAAGAUAUUUAUUCAUACAAACCUCCUACUGUUAAUAUGGAGUACGGAUGGUUUUCAGAGCCACUUGUACCGAGGUCAGAGGAUCCGACACUGUACUUUCCAUUGAAACAAAGUGACGUCGUUAAAAUUGAAAUGAGAAUACGUGAAAUAGAUAAAAAUUGGGACAAAUGUCGCAGAAAUACUUUUAAAAAAAUUUGAUAUUUCUUCUUUUAAAUUUUAACUAUUUAUUUUAUUAAAAUUUUUUAAUUAUUUAUUUAAUUUAUAUUAUAUAAAAUAUAUAAGUGGAAUAAAUCAAUUAUCCGUCAGACAAUUUAUUCUUUGCACUGAAAGCACGUGUUAUGACAUUUGGUAUCCAGGCAACAGAUUUAAUACAAGUCUUAUUAAAAAAUAAAGCACAAAGAAUAAAAUUCAC